UCUCUGUAGUUUUGGAGACAUUUCACUCCGCGCCUUAAAAGAAAAAAUAUUUCGCGGGAAUUAAAAUCAGAAAAAAACACAACACGCAGCAACUCAAACAAAACAGUGCCUAGAGAACUGUGAAAUAACAUUAGAUAAAAAAAAUGAGUUUGUGGGUGGACAAAUACAGACCUACUUCUCUGGGGAAACUGGACUACCACAAAGAACAAGCAAAUCAGCUGAAAAACCUGGUCCAGUGUGGGGACUUCCCUCAUCUGUUGGUGUAUGGGCCGUCUGGAGCAGGGAAGAAGACUCGUAUCAUGUGUCUGCUGAGAGAACUGUACGGAGCCGGAGUGGAGAAACUACACAUAGAACACCAGACCAUCACGGCUCCCUCUAAGAAGAAGAUUGAGAUCAACACCAUAGCCAGUAACUACCACCUGGAGGUCAACCCAAGUGAUGCUGGUAACAGUGACCGGGUGGUUAUCCAGGAACUGAUCAAGACUAUGGCCCAGUCUCAGCAGAUCCAGACCAGCACCCAGAGGGAGUUCAAAGUUGUCCUGUUGACAGAGGUGGACCGCCUCACUAAGGAUGCCCAGCAUGCAUUGCGUCGUACCAUGGAGAAGUACAUGUCCACCUGCCGCCUUAUCCUCUGCUGUAGCUCCACCUCCAAAGUCAUUGGACCAAUCAGGAGCAGGUGUCUGGCCGUCAGGGUGCCCCUGCCCAGUACAGAGGAGGUGUGUAAUGUUCUGUCCACAGUGUGUAGGAAGGAGGGUCUGCUUCUCCCCCCUGAGUUGGCCAAACAGAUAUCAGAGAAGUCUGGACGCAACCUCCGCAAAGCACUGCUGAUGUGUGAGGCCUGCAGAGUGCAACAGUACCCGUUCUCAGCAGACCAGGACAUCCCAGAGACCGACUGGGAGGUUUACCUGAGAGAGACGGCCAACGCCAUCGUCAGUCAGCAGAGUCCUCAGAGGUUGUUAGAGGUGAGGGGGAGACUGUAUGAGUUGCUGACUCACUGCAUUCCUCCUGAGAUCAUCAUGAAGGGCCUGGUAACAGAGUUGCUAGGUAACUGUGACGGCCAGCUGAAGGCAGAGGUGACUCACAUGGCAGCCCACUACGAACACCGACUGCAGCAGGGCAAUAAGGUCAUCUACCAUCUAGAGGCCUUCACCGCCAGGUUCAUGGCCAUCUACAAGAAGUUCAUGGAGGACGGACUGGACGCCAUGAUGUUCUGAUCUCGCUCUUCUUCUCGCUCUAUCGCUCUCUUUCUCCUCAUCUCUCUCCUUCUCGCUCUCUUUCUCCUCAUCUCUCUCCUUCUCGCUCUCGUUCUCCUCCUCGCUCUCCUUCUCGCUCUCUUUCUCCUCCUCGCUCUCUUUCUCCUCAUCUCUCUCCUUCUCGCUCUCUUUCUCCUCCUCGCUCUCUUUCUCCUCAUCUCUCUCCUUCUCGCUCUAUCGCUCUCUUUCUCCUC